CCUAAAAUACUAAUCGAUCAGAAUACCAAAAUCGAACAAGGCUCAGCUGCUCCGGCGAAGAUCGGCGGGUCCGGCGACGAUGAAAUCAGCAUUUUUUUGGGGGGCCUGCGGAGGUGGCUUUCUUGGAUUCUGCCCAGAGCCGGCCCUGGUUAACAUCAAUUAGCUUACAUUCGAUUGACUGAGAACGGAGUUGGACAAGGGAGAAGGGGCAGUAGAAAACUCUAAUGAAGGAAACGUGGAUAUGUCUGACGGAGGUGGAAACGCGGAUAUCUCUGAAGGAGGUGGAAACGCAGAUAUCUCUGGAGGAGGUGGAAACAUGGAUGUGUCUGAAAGAGGUGAAGUUCACGAGCCUUAUGUGGGUUUGGAAUUCAACUCAGAAGAUGAAGCUCGGAAAUUCUAUUUUGAUUAUGCUAGAAGGAUAGGGUUUGUUGUGCGUAUGAUGCAACGCCGUAUCUCAGAGACUGACAAGAAAGUGAUUGCACGUCGGCUUGGAUGUAAUAAGCAGGGAUUUUCCCCUAAUUAUGGCACUAUUGGACCCGAUAACAAGCCAAGGCCUAGUGCACGAGAGGGUUGCAGGGCAACGAUUCUGGUAAAGCUGGAGAAGUCAGGGAAGUGGGUUGUAUCAAGAUUUGAAAAGGAGCAUAACCAUCCUUUGGUUGUGACGGAGCAAGGACCAAGUACCACACCUCCUCAUAUUAGUGGGGAUAAGGAUAAGAAAAUUGAAUUUCUGAUCCGGGAGUUGCGGCGUCAAGACCAACUAUGUGCAGCGUAUCGGGAAAAACUACUGAAGUUUCUGACAAGCAUUGAGGAGCAAACUGAUCAGUUAUCUUCCAAAAUUCAAGAUGUUGUCGACAACGUGAGGAAAGUCGAAGCUGAAAUGCAACAGCAACUUCCCCAACAUAGAUAGCCUUGGAAUUGCAGUAGUUUUUUUGUUUUGUUUUUUGGUAGUCUUCUGUGGUUUUUUUUUUUUUUUUGUAAAUUGUCACGGCAUGAAUUCUUACUGUUGUGUACAGACUACAUCACAUGCUUAUUUGGAUUGCUUCGCUAUAGGGUUCCCUGGUCCUGCUUCCACUGAUGGAUGAAAUCCAAAAAGCGUACCAUACUGGUAGAAUUGUAUUAUUGAGAUGGCAUUGAAGUCA